AAAAAGUGGUGAGUUUUAUGCCCGUAUAAUAAAAAAUAAAUCUCCCACUGGCUUGCACCAAGAUCCAUCUUCCUGGAGGCUCGUGCAUCAGAAAUUUCAAGCAUCGAAUCUGUUAUCGAGGCUCUAUAACAACGUCAGAAGUCACAUGCUCGUCUCGUUUUUACACUAUAUAUGUUCCAGUCGCUGGCACGACCUUAGUUUACUAUCGUUCGUUGGCGGGCGAGCAACAAGAUCGCCUCGACUACCGGUCUAUGAAAGUAAAAGUAAACGUUCGCGCGAAACAGGAUGGAGAUGGAUCCACUUAUGUCGACCUUGAUCCUCGCGGCAGUGAUUCUCUUCGUUUAUCGCUACCUGUGGAAAAGAUCCAGCUACUUCGAGGAACUGGGAAUCCCUCACGAACGGUCGAUCCCGAUCCUAGGCAACAUGGCGCCGAUCGUGUUCUAUCGAAUCUUCGCCGGGGAACACUUCCAUCGGGCAUACAACCGUUUCAAACACUCGAAGUACUUUGGAUUCCACAACUUUACCACGCCGGUGAUAAUUGUUCGCGAUCCCGAUCUAAUCUCGUCGAUCGCCAUCAAGAACUUCGACAACUUCACCGAUCAUCGUGGAUUCGUGGACGGGGAUCUGGAUCCCUUGAUGGGGAAGAACCUGUUCGCCCUUUGCGGGGAUCGAUGGCGGGAGAUGAGGAAGAUUUUGAGCCCGACCUUCACCUCCGCCAAGAUGAAGACCAUGUACAAGCUGAUCGCCGAAUGCGCCGACAGGUUCACGGAACAUAUCACGAUGGAAUCGAAGGGAGAAAAGGUGUACGACAUGAAGGACGCUAUCGGACGUUACGCCACCGACGUGAUCGCCACCACCAACUUCGGGAUCGCCGUCGACUCGAUGAAGGACCGGGAAAACGAGUUCUUCGUGUUCGCCAAAGAAACUUUGAACUUUUCCCCCAGCAGGACGAUAAAGAUGCUGAUGGGGAGGAACUUCCCCACUCUGUCCAGGCUUUUCAGGAUUAGGAUAUUCAGCAACGCGGCCCAUCGCUACUUCACGAGAGUCAUCGGCGAGGCUGUCAGAACAAGGAAGGAAAAGGGAAUCCACCGACCGGACAUGAUCCAACUGAUGAUGGAGUCGAGUGACUCGAACGGAAACGAACUGACGAUCGACGAGAUGACGAUCCACGCGUUCAUCUUCUUCCUGGCUGGGUUCGACACGUCCUCGAGGUUGCUCUGCUUCGUCGUUCACAUGCUCGCCCUGAAUCCGGACGUGCAGGCUAAACUGCGAGCGGAGAUCGAUGAAGUGGCGCGAAAGGCCAAUGGACAGCCAACUUACGACGCCAUCAAAGACAUGGCCUACAUGGACGCGGUGUUGAACGAAACGAACAGACUGUUCCCAGCGGCAGGGUUCCUGGAUCGCGUGUGCGUGAAAGAGUUCGAGCUACCCCCGGCCACCCCGGACUCGAAGCCUUGUACGAUAAAACCGGGCGCGGUCGUGUGGUUCCUCCCUUUCUCGAUGCAUCGCGACCCUGACUAUUUCCCCGAUCCAGAGAAAUUCGAUCCCUCACGGUUUAUAGGCAAGGAGGCCCCUCCGAACGUUUACAUCCCGUUCGGCUUGGGACCGAGGAUUUGUAUCGGGAACAGAUUCGCGUUAAUGGAGUCCAAGAUCGCGUUGUAUUAUCUUUUAUUGCGCUGCGAGUUGGAACCGUGCGCCAAAACCACGAACCCGAUGCGUUUCGACAAGUCGAACUUCUUAAUCACUCCCGAAACUGGCUUCUGGUUGAAGAUCAAGGCUAGGAAAACUGCCCCCGUGUCGCGUGCGAAUGGCGUCGUAACUCAGAAAGCUUUUUAAAUGAAAUUAUCUUCGCGAUUAUUAUCAUUUAACAAUAUUUUAAGUUUGUUAAUAUUAGAGGUUUCGUCUAUAGGCUCGAGACAAUGGGAAUGGAGGCUAAGAUCGACCGACCGAACCACACUCUAGAUGAGGUUCUGCGCGAACAUCGUUGUAAUUAUUGCCGACAAUAGGUUGAGAUUAUCUAACUGAACUUUGAGGGUAGCAAGAACGCCGCUGCAUC